ACAUCCGUACUGGUCGUACUGACGAUCCGUGGUUUUUAUGUAUAAACUGUGGUCCCAUCCAUGGUUCUGUCAGUCCAGGAAAAUGGCGGAAGACGUGGAAGGUGACUGCGAUAUUUCUGUACGAAAGCAACUAAUACAAUCGCAAAUGGGGAAGCCAAUGGUUAAAGGACAGACCUGGUAUUUGAUUGACAGCAAGUGGUUCAAGAACUUCAAACAUCGCGUCGGCAUGGAUGAUGCUUCAGACGCAAUUGGUAGUGUAGCUGAUCCUGGACCCAUUGAUAACAGUUCAUUGUUUAAUGAUGAUGGAAGUGGCACUAUAAAAGAAAAUUUAGUUGAUGAAUUGGACUACGUGUUAGUUCCAAGUGAAUCAUGGGACCUCUUAGUGCAGUGGUAUGGUACAGUGGACAAGAACACUGCCAUACCCAGGCAGGUUGUUGAGUUUGGGUUCUUUGUAAAGCAGUGUAGAGUUGAAGUGUAUUUUCUGGAAUUAAGACUUUGUAAAAAUUUCAAUCUUGAAACUGAAAUUCUCCACAAAUUUAGCAAAGGUGACACAAUAGGGAAUAUUAAAAAGACCAUGAGGAAACUGUAUGAAAUACCAGAUGAAGUGGAAACGAGAAUAUGGCGUUGCCACUCUUCAACUGAAAUUGAUGAACUUGCUAAAGAAGAAAGUACUGCGCAAGAUACUGGACUCUACCACAACCAGUUACUGGUUAUAGAAACUCGUUCUGAAGAUGGAAGUUGGGUCCGCCAAACCAAGAAAAUGCCUGGUACAUGCCGAACUGCAACGACCGUGUCAGACAAGAGCUCUACUGCAGGCCCCAGUAGUAUAAUGACAACACGGUUUAACCCAUAUGGCUACCCCAGCGAAAGUCGCUCUGCCCCAGGACUCUGUGGCCUGUGUAAUCUUGGAAACACGUGCUUCAUGAACAGCGUCCUACAGUGCAUGAGUAACUGUCCACCAAUUACUAAAUAUUUUCUAAAUGAAGAGCACUUCAGUGAACUGAAUGAAGAAAAUCCUUUGGGCAUGAAGGGAGAAAUCGCUAAGGCAUUUGGGGAGUUAAUUAAGACAAUGUGGUCUGGUCGACAUUCAUACACAAUGCCGCAUAACUUCAAACUUCAGGUGGGCCGAUUUGCCCCACAGUUUUCAGGCUACCAGCAGCAUGAUGCACAAGAACUGCUCACAUUUUUGUUGGAUGGUCUACAUGAAGAUCUUAAUAGAAUUAAGAAGAAGCCUUAUAUAGAACUUCAAGAUGCUUCUGGUCGUCCUGACAAGGACGUGGCCAAAGAAGCUUGGGACAAUUACAGGAAGAGGAAUGAUUCUGUCAUAGUCGACUUCUUCCAUGGUUUAUUAAAGUCUACCGUUGUGUGCCCAGACUGCAGCAAAGUAUCGAUCACAUUUGAUCCAUUUUGCUACUUGUCUCUCCCUUUACCUACAAAAAGAGAACGAGCUUUAGAAGUACUUUUGUUCCAUUAUGAAGCUACUCAGAAGCCAACCCACUACACAGUAAUUGUGCCAAAAAGAAGCUUAAUCAAAGACUUGGUCACAAAUGUUGGGCAGUUAAGCGGCAUUCAGCCUGAUAAUUUAAUUGUAACUGAAGUAACGAGAAAUCACUUCCACAAGUUCUUUUCAAGCAAUGAUUCUCUUGAAAAAAUUGAUGACAAAGAUAAGAUUUACAUCUAUGAGAUGCCUGUUCAGAAUGAUACCCACGUGAUUUUGCCAGUGUAUCUUUGGGAAUCAUCCGCGAAAAUAGGGUUUUCCCGAGAACAAUUAUUUGGUGAUCCUCUGUUGAUAGCAGCCCCAAGGAAAAACUGCACUUACGACGUAUUAUAUCAGUUGGUGCUUCACAAAUUGCAAAGGAACAUUUGCAUACCAGAUGACAAUAGUUCCUGGUGGAAUACAAAAACCAAAAACUAUUCAAAUGGUGAUUUGACCCUAAAUGAAGAUUCCCCAGGAGAUGAAAAUGAUGAAAGUUGCAGUGAUAAUGGCGACUGCAAUGGCGAACGUGUUCCAAGACGCAUAUUCAGCUUUUAUUUGGUGACCAGUGGUGCAGAUUGUAGCCAAGAUAUUGUGAAGAUCCAUAAUGAUGGAAACCCACUUUCCUUCCCAACUUUAGAACAUAUUGGACAGUCAUUCGUCGCUGCAAAAUGGACGCGAGAAGCCCGUGAUCAGUUUUUCUUUGACAAAUCAUUGGAAGAUACAGAGGAUGACCAGUCAACAAGGAAGAAUCUUCAGCUCGGAGCUGAUGAUGCCUGGUAUUGUCCUACAUGCAAGAAGCAUCAGCAAGCUACAAAGAAGUUUGACUUGUGGGAGUUACCUCGAAUUCUGAUCAUCCACUUGAAGAGGUUUGUGUUCGACAGAUAUCGUCGAGAUAAGGUUGAUCGAAUGGUCCAGUAUCCUGUACGAGGUCUCAAUAUGUCAGAAUAUGUAAUCAACAAGAGUCACCCAGAAGCUGUAUAUGAUCUGAUAGGAGUAUGCAACCACUUUGGAGGAUUAGGGGGAGGCCAUUAUACUGCAUCUUGCCAGAAUCAUAAUGAUCACAAGUGGUACUUAUUUGAUGACAACAGUGUGUCUGAAAUUAAAGAACAAGCUGUUGUGUCAAAUGCAGCAUACGUAUUGUUUUAUAUGCGGCGUAACUGUUACGAUGAACAGAUGGAGCUCAACUAGUGAUGAGCUUGGUGAGAAACACACAUUUUGCCACCAUCUUGUGCCUCUCGCAGCUCUGACUGAACACAAGAUGCUCCUCACAUCUGUGCUGUGAUAAUAACAAGUAAAACUGAUGUGGUUACAAAAAUACCCUUCCAAGGAUUGUGUAUGUGUGAUUAUCAUUAUAUCGGAGACUCUGGAGACAGGCAAUAGGUAAUAAAUGUAAUUACAGUUGUUUAAAUAAUUCUGUGAGCUUGUUUGUCAUACUGUACUGCGUAAUUUUAUCACAUAUGUGAUGUCUGGAUGAUGAACUGUAAUUUAAUUGUGGUACAUUUUGUUCUCUGUAAGUUAACAUUGGGUGGAUAUAUGUUUCAAAGUCUGGAUUGCAGAAAAAAAUGUACGUUAUGUGUGGGGCUGUGGGAAAGUGGUGCCAGCAACAAGAAUUUUGCAACUUAUCUCUCAGGCCUCUCCUAAUAUUGUGCCUGCCGCGAUGCUUCCUGUUGCCCGUCCAAGAAUCGAAGAUGGUGUCCAUAUGGCUUUGAUAGUAUCAGAUAUAUCGUGUUUCCAUCUCAGUAUUUUUAAUGCUGCUUUUUCUGUUAAUGAUCCCAGCCCAGUGAUUGCUGACAUUAAAACUUCAUUUUUCAUACUUUAUUGCUCAUGUUGAGCAUGGCUAAACAAGUGGUACUUAAUAUGAAUCACAAUUAUCUGUAGUAUAUUUCAGGGUAUUGGCAUAAUAACGGAUGUGAGAACGAUGCAUAGUGCUCACUGUGACAUUAGUAAAUGUAAAUGAAAUUAUGUUUUUCCAUGUGACACCAAAUAUUUUGAUGCAUGUAGUGCAGUAUGUCAUAGAUAUAUUUAUUUUUAUUUAGUAUUAGAAUUUUUUCGUGGACUGUAAUUUGCUCUAUACCAAAACUUUAUCAGCUGGUGAACUCUUAUUUUGCUUCUCUGAAUUUUUACCAGCAUUCUUUAGACUUUUGGAUAGAUUUUUGUGGUAGCAAUAAGCAGUGUCUGGGAAGUGGUGUAACAAACUGACUGCCAAGUUGUAAGAGCCUGAUAUUACUCAGGGAAAAAAUUAAAUUUACAAUUUAAUGCAUGUAUACAAAUUUCAAUUUUAACACACUUGUUUAUGAAGUUCCAAAAAUUUAAUUAUUUGAACUUUAUUUAAACCAGGCCUUGAUAUGUGUGUAUUUAGCAAAGUCUUACUGUUGUAGAGCUUUGUGUAUAUAAAUUUUGCAAGGUGCUUUGCGAAGUCAGUGGGCAGAACAUCUGCGUAGAUUGGAAAUUUGCUCUGUGCUGUAUCUGGGCAGCGGUACAUUUGUGAGGGGGAAUUUGUUUCAUAAUAAGGCAUGCAAUAUGUUUACAAAUGUGCUGAAAGAAAUAGAGUAUUCGUCUGUUAAAGGAACAAACAUGACAAAGUCUGCUGCUCAUCUGUGAGAUAUUUUUAUGCUAAUGGUUUUUUAUCAGACAUUUUCAAAUUUGAAAAUUGAUUUGAACUUUACACUGUGAAGUAACCUCUGCUUCUUCAUAAUUAUAAAAACAAAUAAAGUAUUUGAAGUAAAGUGCAGUAAGUAGGACUAUGCCAAAAGCCAAUAGCAAAAAUUGUAUUCUGUUCUGUUGCUCCUUUCCAAACUAUGAGAUCAGGGUUAUAUAGUGAACAAGGAACACACCAUCCAUCUCAUUUUCUGUUUCAAGGAUGUUUGUACAAGGGCAGAAAAGAAUUUGUUUCACAUAGUAAUAUAGAUCAUCUUUUACAAAUAAACAUGUCAAAUUUAUUUCAUGAUUGCUGUCACUGGUGGUUUGUAGUUGUGGGAUUUUAAUUUUUUCUACUCUGUUGUAAGAAUAACAUGUUGGAUAUUGUCCGUUGUCUGAGUUAUAUUUGAUUUACGUGACAUUCUGUAAGUCGCCCGCACUCCCUUUUUCAGAUGCUAGGUCGUCAUUAUACUGACAGAUUCUGUAAUUUUUAUAUUUUUACAUUACUGGCUGUGGUUGGGAUUGAACCUGGGCUCUAUUGGAUAUGAGGUUAGUAUGCUUCUGGGAUGGCUCAUAAAUAUAAUUCCGAUCACACUUGCUGUUACUUCCUAUCUCUUGGUAGAGUUAUGACAACCAUUUGUGGGCCAUCAUGGUUAGCAUACUAGCAUAUUAUUAAGAAGUUUUUGAGUUUGAUGCAGACCAUCCCACCAUUGUCAGAAAUAAAAAAAAAGUUAUAAAAAUCUGUCAUCAUAAUAACAACCAAUUGCUGUAAGAUUGGUGUAGGGACAACUCUGAAACAUGUUUUUUAAACAGGCCUCAGACAAUGGAGUUUCCAACAUAAUAUUCUUAUAAUAAAUCAUGUAUUUUACAGACCUUUAGAUAAUCAUUUUCUGUACUGUAUCCCAAAUGUUUUAUGAUUUCUGCUAAUGCUUUUGUGUUUUCAGGACAAUCCUUUCUUUCUGUUGAUCUCAGCUUUUGAAUAUAUUACCCAGUCAUAUGUACUUAAUAUUGUUGUUGAAAUACAUAUUUCUCACAUUAUCAUGGACUCUGAGGCAUUGAGCUCUACACAAUGUGUAAGUGUUGGUAUUUGUUAUAGCGUUCUUUUAUAUUACCAGUACGCUUGGUCUGAUGAAGUUCCUGUUAUGACCUGUUGGUGCAGAUGCUGUUAACUGUAGGUAUAUAUCAUUGGAAUAUACAUAAUGUAAAUGUA